AUGGUUGAAAUUCCAGCAUUGAAAGAUGACGACCCUAAAGUCAGGAAGGAGACUCAGAUUUACACCGUUGUUGUUCAAAGUAAAUACCUGGAGCCCUUAAUAGCACGCUACUCGUCUUGGUGGAAGUUGAAAAGGGCUGUAGCCUGGCUGUUGCUGUACAAGGUGUACCUUUUACUGAAAGUUCAGCUGAGUAAGAGGAGCGCUUAAGUUUCGAGUGAAUCCCAAGUCCAGAGCGGCGAAGUGCCAUUCGUGAAAUAUGGCUACUUGAAGGUGGCAGAGCUUCAGGAGGCCGAGAAGGAAAUCCUCAAGGAAGUACAUCAAGUGUCUUUCCCUCAAGUCAUCGAGGUUCUCUCAUCAGCAGGAAGUUGCGAUGCAGAUGGUUGUGUUAAAAGGGUCCUUCGAAAGGCAGACGGCGUUGCAUCAGCUCAACCCACGCUUAGAGGAUGGUUUGCUGAGGGU